ACAUUCUCUUGAAUGAAUUUUUUAAAAUGAAAUAAAAUAAUUGCUUUUGAUGUCAACAUUUUUCGACAAUCGCAAAAAUGAUGGACGAUGGCAGGCAGAACUAGUGCAAACUCCAAGGAAAAAAUAUGGUCUUUCGACGUAUCAGACCCAACUUUACAUCCCAACGGCUUCACAAUAUACAAAGUAACAUGUAGGGUUUUUGUCAUCAGAUCACCAGAAAGUUUAACUGAGGUUGUGACAUGGAAAAGAUACAAUGACUUCAAACAGCUUUACAAGUCUAUGUUGUCUUUGCACAAAGCUCUGCACAGAAAAGAUGAAUUCCCAAAGUUUGCAAAGCCAUUGCUGUUUGGGAGGUUUGAUGAAGCAGUCAUUGAAGAGAGACGAGGGAGUGCCCUGAAACUGCUGCAGUUCAUAGGAAGUCAUCAUUAUCUGUUUAAUUCCAACGAUUUCAAAAUAUUCAUAAAGGCUGCUAGUGAGAUUAAGAUAGGAACUUCGGGAGAAGUUCUGAAACCGUCCAAGCUCGACAUUCUGACGGAAGACAGAAGAGAGAGGUCAGAUGAUAAGGCAACAUUAACUGGACCACUCUGUAAGGAUGAGGUGGACAGUCCUGGUUCCAAUGAGCGACUUACUGACAAAUCAGAGCAGAACGGAGAAGAGGAAUUGAAUGGUGUGUGGAACUUUCCUCAGGCCCCAGACAAUAUCAGCCUGAACUCGUAUGAAGACACUGAUGAUACAGAUACUGGGGAGGUGGACUCUACCCUGGGGACGCCUCUCCCGGACACAGAUAUUUCUUUCUUCGACCCCCUGAUGUCUGAUGAUCAGCUGAAACUUCCAGAUUCCACAAUGAGGACAAGCAACAGCUGGCUCUUCACAGCCAUGAACACUUGCGCAGAGAUGGAAACGGAAUUGAGCACUGAGGAGCCAAAUGAAAAGACAGACUCUGAAGCAGGAAUACAGAUAUCAUUUGACAAGGAAGAAAAGCAAGAUGGUCUUGUUAGUAGUGAAACAACAGAUAGGAAUCAGCCUGCUGUUAUAACAACAACACCUAAUAUCUCAGACUUUGAUCCCCUAAGAAAAAGAACUGGUUCAAAAGUGGAGUGUGGAAAAGGUGACAUUGAUUUGUCUGGGCUUUAUGGUAAUAGAUCAGCCAAUCAGAGCCCUUCAAGGUCUUCAAUUCUACAAAAAUUACCCAGAAGUCCUUUUAAAGUACGAAGCACAACCAUGGAGAGUGUAUCUACCAUGGAUCUGGGUGGAAAGGAGGACUACAUUUACUUAGCAGCCAAUCAGAUCUGUUUGGCCCAGGAGUGCGAAGCCAACGCUAAGUAUGACCUGGCUUUCAGUUACUACAAAAGUGGAGUGGGAACUCUUCUGGAGGGGGUGCAAGGUGACAAGAACAAAGCAAGGAGAGAUGCGGUACGUAGGAAGACGGCGCAGUACUUAUUAAAGGCUGAGGACCUGUACAACAGGCACCUUGCCAAAGAAAUUCUGGACGACAGGAGAUGGGCAUCAGAGAAUAGUAAGAUACCACUCUCAAUGGACCUUGACCCAGGAAUUGCCAUGUUAAAAGGAUCACUGGCUGAAAUGAAGAAUUAUAAAGUGUUAGGUACCAUUGACAAGGUGUUACUGGUGAUGGAUAAAACAAAUGAUGAAACUUACAUUAUCAAGGUUGUACACAAGCCCAGCUCCAGCAAUAAGAAAUCCAGGACUGUUUUCCCAACGAGCUGUCAGUACAUUGUUCACCUGCACAAGUUUUACGAGACGGAGUACGCCAUUUAUCUGCUUUUACAGCAUGCAACGGGAGGCAAAUUGUGGAAUUACAUAGGCUCUUAUCUCGCAUGUAGGCAGGGAUCUAAACAUUUCGGGGAUGUAAACAACUCUCAGGUCCAAGAGGGAAAUGUAUACUCGGGUGUAAAGUUACAUGAACAUGAUAAUACAAACCCAGACUGGAGUGGGUCUAACAAGGCUACCGAAUGUCAGACAGGUGUGUCCAAAAUUCUACAAGGAACAGGAAAUUCAAAUUUAGAAUUUACAACUGAAGAGAUGAAACACAUUAGUGUUCGAUACUCAAAUGAUAAAGAUGAAACUAGUGUUCAAACAUCAACAAAGAAACCUGAUUAUAGUAGGUUUGAGAGCAUAUCGUCUGAAGAAAAUUUCAAUGAGAGUGAUAUAUCAGAGUGUAGAAAUAACUCGUUCGAUCAGAGAGACUCCACUUUUCAGGAGCUUUUAAAGAGUAAUACAACACACUUGGAGAAUUUCAGCAUUAACAGCUUUGACAGCACGGAUGAUCACAGUCGACUGAACAGUUUUGUGUCAGAUCAAGUAACCACAAUUUUGGAGGAGAGUGAGUUAUCUCCCUCACAUUCUAUUCCUAGAACUGACUCGGACAAUGUGUUUGGUGAUGAGAGACUUCCCGAGGAUGCUGAGUCUAUUGUACAGAGUUCUAUGAAUCUGAUUAAAUCUGUAGAAAGGACCUUAUCUCGGUCUGAUGCUGAAGAUUCAGGUGACACUGAGAAAGCUGUUCACAAUACUGAGAGUAGUGGUGAAGUGGUUAUAAAAUCCGGUAACAGCAGUGAGACAGUAGUAGAUGACAGUGACUCAAAUGAAAUCAGCAUUUAUGAUAUUCACUGUAACAAAGAGGAAACAAGUUCUUCAGGAUCCAGUGUAGACCCACACAAGUGCCAUAUUGUUAAAAAUGUCAACCCAACCGAAGAAUCCGUCUGUGAUAGGAAAGACACUCUAGUCAAUUCUCCAACGGAGGAAAUCUCCAAAGAUCUCACAGAAAGUCAGAGUAGGAAAUCUUCAAGAUCAUCAACUCUGACUGAAAAUGCUGAAAAGAAGAAAAACAUUUCUGUAGCCAAGUUACCUCUGAAGAGAUUAAAUUCCACCGAGUUGUGUCGUUCAGCGUCCAUGGAGCAUGAGUUGACGUCUCCACCGAGGUCUCGACAGAGAACCGUGUCAGAUGUGUUCCAGGAACUUGAUGAGGCUGCCAGUAAAAUCGAACAGGUUCAUAUCCCGGAGGCCUGCAUCAAACAAUGGAUGGCCGAGAUUGUGAUAGGGAUUUCUAGGCUUCAUUCAGAGGGAAUCAUAUGCAGGGAUUUGAAGCCUGGCAACAUCCUGCUUGGAGAGAGAGGCCAUAUUCUGCUGACUUGCUUUUGCAACCUCAGCCAGGUUGAACCAACUUUGGACCCUAUGGCCAUAGAAGAACUUUUUGUGGCACCAGAGGUUGUGGGUGUGGGUGGAUACAAUGAAAGCUGUGAUUGGUGGAGUGUCGGCGCUCUGAUGUAUGAACUAGUGGUGGGCAGGAGUCUGAUAAGUUGUCACCCUGGUGGUAUCACAUCUCACUCUGCUAUCUACUUCCCUGAUCACAUCUCACAGGAGGCACAGGGCCUUCUCAAACAGCUGUUAUGCUUCAGUCCUCGAGAGCGACUAGGUGAUGGCAUGAAUGGGGCAGAGGACAUUAAAUCGCAUCCGUUUUUCCAAGGCAUCGACUGGCACAGUUUGGAGAAUUCCUGAUUUUGGUGUUCCGGUACCGGUUGUGGUGCAUUAGCAACUAAACAACGCCCCGAGUCUGGCAUUGGUUACAGUAACUGUAAAACAAGACACACCUCCUGCAUGUGCUGUGAAUGACAAAGGCAAACUUCAAACUUUUUGGACAUACAUUGCAUUGUCUGUAGAUUGUCAGUUACAUUUAUGUGAUUUUUGCAUUGCAAGCCACAUACCUACUCUCUUGGAUCAUGUUCACACAUGCUAACUUCACUUUUGAAACACCACAGUACAGGGUCUUUCGAAGUAGAGGCAGGAGAUUUUUCCAGAUGUUUUUUGAAACUCGCAUAAAAUUUUUCCAAGCAUAUAUUUUGUCCUCUCCCACCAAAAAAAAAGAAAUUUUGGAGAUUUCUUCCUUCAAGUCGGCAUGUAGACCUGCAUCUUUACCAGAAAGUGGAUAUGUAAAUGAAUAUGUAUUUCAUAUUGUACCGUGUAUCAAUUAGAAAAGGAAUUUUAUUUCUGUGAUAUUAUCUUCACCUGCUUCCGUCUUACUUGAAUUUGUUGUUGUCUUUGUUGUUCUCAGAAACAAAGAAUGAUAUAUUUCAUAGUUAUAUUGAUAUCUCCCCUUCUACCACUACCACCACCAACUUGAAAUCUCUCUGUAAAUUCUGUGUUAGAAAUCGUGUAGCCCAGAGAACUAUGACACAUUACCGAUUCAUUUCAAGUUUAGGUGGACUACUUUCAUAUUUUACUUCAUCAUUUUAAAUGUAUUUGAAAUAAAUUUUACAAUGUAUACAAAACUGUAUAUGUAUUAUGAAUCUUAUAAUAAGCAAAUAUUGAUGUGAAUGAAGUUUUUUAAAAAUUUUAUAAUUCUGCUCCAACUUCCAAGACAGACACUUGGAGAAAUUCAAGUUUUUCUUGAAAGAAAAUCUAACUGUUACUGGAUCUAACAUGUACAUUGUAUCAUGGAGAAAUUGACUGUGUGUACUGGGAAUGCAAGGUAUAUUGUACAUUGUAUCAUGGAGAAAUUGACUGUGUGUACUGGGAAUGCAAGGUAUAUUGUACAUUGUAUCAUGGAGAAAUUGACUGUGUACUGGGAAUGUAAGGUAUAUUCUCCAUUCAAAUUUGACUUAUUUUUGGGACUUUUUUAAGCUUGAAGAAGAGUAUACAAACUCUAUUGCACUAUUUUUUUUCAAUGAUUUUCAAGUACUUGCUGGUUUUCUGAUUUCACACAGAACCAGAGAGUGGGUGUAGGUGUAUCAGGGUUGCGAGUGAGUUCUUGUCUUCUGUUUUUACUAUUUUUAUUUCUCUAUGGAAUUUGCUUAGAUUUUAAAAAUGACAUGUUUAUUUGUAGGAUGUUGUGAGUAUCAUUGCAAAUGUUUGUUAUGAAAGAGUAUUGUUAAACAAUUUGUCUUGCUAUGCUUAAAUGAAAAAUAUAAAGUACAGUAAAACAUGGUUACAGCAAACACACUUAUAAUGAAUUCACAUUUACAGUGAAGUGAUUCUCAUUCCCUGUAGUUUUAAAACAUAUCAUAAACUUAUUGGAUAUAACAAAUUAUAUUUAUUAUGAAUCAAAAUUGUAUGUUUUCAGCACUUUGCUAUAAGUGUGUUUUACUGUACAUUUUAUAGAAGAUUUAGAGCAACAUGACCGGCAAAUUUCAAUUUUUUUUGGUUUUAUAUGAGGUCCAACUACAUCAAUACAUACAUGUACUGCAGUUUUCAAACAUUGCAAGCCAAAUUUGCUUAAUAGUAAUAUGCAUCCUUAUGUACAAAUAUUCAAGGACUCCGUGACAAUACCAUAAAACACAGUUACAGUGAAUAUACAGAUUAUCAUUUUAUGCUGACAGUGAAGCGAUUUUCAUUCCCUGUAGUUUUAAAACUAAUCAAAAACUUAUUGGGUAUAACCAAUUACGUUUAUAAGGAAUCAAAAUUGUUCAUCUGCAGCACUUCUCUAUAAGCUGUUUUACUGUCUGUCACAAUUAGCGGACAUUUCCGAGACUUUGUGAGGUGUUACUCGGCAGCAUUUGUUGCAGUUUUAUUUUUAUAUAUAGGUACAUUAAACUUUGACGGACUGAAGACUGCCUAUCGCCAAACUGGACAUGAACACUGAUUAAAAUCAGAUCCUACGAAUCUACGUGAGCGGAUCAAAGGAUCUGAUUUAAAUCAGAUUGGGGUAUGAGUAUCGUGCAACUUUGACUUGUUUUAUGCUGGACAUGCCAAAAUUCUAUAUUUUUUCCCCAUUUCAUUAACUUCACAUCACAUUGAAAUGUAUUAAUCUUUUGAUAAGAAAAACAAUUUAAGGCAGUUUUACAAUUCACAAACUUGUACACUAGUCAACACACUAUCAGUCGGUUGUGUGGCUUUAUUGCAAGAGGUAGAUGUGAAAGUGCAAACAAAUUGCAGAGUUAUUGAUAUUUUAAAACCCCUCAUCAACAUUUUUUUGGAAUCUUAAAUUUACAUAUAGUGAAUUGUGAACAUUCGUUUUUGAUUGUUUCUCCACAAUGUCAUAUAUGUAUGUUGUAUUAUUCAGAGCCCACCUAUUUCAAAACGAAGUGCAAUUUGUUGAGAAUAAAUGAUUUAUACUCUUAA